UUUUCUAGAGCAGCUAUACCCUAUAGCUUCAAUUUGUUGAACCAUAAUCCACAGAAAGAGCAACAAGAGUCCCAAGUCAACUUUUCAGGACCGCAAUUCGUGACAAAACUGAGUCAAAAUACCCCCACCCUAAAACAAACACAUGAAAAUUUCAGACACAAACAGAACCCUUAUGCACAAUCGGUACAGCAAGCUUUUUAUUAUUUGGAGAAGGCAGUUGACCAGUUGCAUCCCGAUGCCCUCUAUCUCUUAGGAGCUGUAUACUUGACCGGCGAUUGUGUGAGCCAGGACAUUCCCUCCGCCAUUUGGUGUUUCCAUAGAGCAUCUGAAAAGGGUCAUGCUGCUUCUGCCAUAGCCUAUGGAUCUCUUCUCCUUGCAGGUGUUCGCAUUCCUGAAUCAGUAACCAAAUUCAAUGUGAAGAAAGCAUCCUCAAACAGAAAACUGAGGAACGAUUCUGGAGCUGAUGAGUAUGAUCCAGUUGAGAUGGCAAGAGAUCAAUUUGAAAUUGCUGCUAAUGCAGGAUGCGAUCUUGGAUUGAAAUGGCUGAAACUUCUUGACGAGGAAGAGAAAAAGAAAACCGGGAUGAGCUCUUGAUGCCGGUCUUAAUACAUAAGAUUCAGCUACCUUUAAUAAUUAUGGUCUUGAUAGCUUAUAAACUGUUGGAAACACCUGUAAUGAAAUUGUAUUUAUUUUGUUAUGAAUAGAAGAAGAAUGGAAAAAUAGAAUGAGAAAAGGUAGUGGAAAACUUAUGUAAUGGUUCAAUUCAAAAUUUAUGUUUAUUUAUCCAA